AGCCGGUCGUUGUUAGCAGAGCUCUUAACAUUUAAAACAAAUUCAAUUGCUACAUUCUAAAUACGUUUUUUAAAAAAAGAUUCAAUAUGACAAUACCAGAUUUAACCGCCAAAGUAGUGUUAGUGGAUAUUGAGGGCACAACAACCUCAAUAAGUUUCGUGCAUGAAGUACUUUUUCCGUAUGCCAAACAAAAUGCGGAGCACUAUCUGCUAGAAACGUGGGAAACGGAUGCGACAAAACAAAUUGUGCAAGAUUUACAACUGCUGCCUCAAUUCGCAGAAUAUGCUUCGACUCUGGGUACUCAGACCGCAGUAGACGCACAGCUUAUCACUGGCUUUGUGCGUUAUCUUAUCGAGAGAGAUUUGAAGGUGACACCGUUAAAAACGCUGCAGGGCUUGAUCUGGGCCAAAGGCUAUGCUUCCGGACAGCUAAGGGGACAUGUAUACGAGGAUGUGGCCACGGCCUUCAAUACCUGGCGUGAGGCUGGCCUCCGCAUUGCCGUCUACUCGAGCGGCAGCGUGGCUGCCCAAAAGCUGAUUUUCCAGCACAGCAUAGCUGGCGACCUGCUGCCAUAUCUCAGUGCACACUUUGACACCCACGUGGGACACAAACAGCAGACGGAGUCGUACACGAAAAUCUCCCAAAUACUGCAGGUGGAACCGCAGCAUGUGCUUUUCCUCACGGAUGUGCCGCUCGAGGCCGCAGCCGCUCGUGCUGCAGGUAUGCUCACCAUUUUGCUACAACGGCCUGGUAAUGUUUCGCUCAGCGAGGAGGAGAGAAGCGCUUAUCCUGUUGUAAAAGACUUUGUGGCGCUGCACACACUAAAACAGCCUUGAAUAAAGGAAUACGACUUUGUCAGAAUCAGAG